AUGGGCGACCACACCCUCUUCUUCUACGGCACGCUCCUGGCCCCGCCCGUACUCCACCGCGUCAUAUACGGCACGUCCUCCCCAGACCCCACCUCCCACCCGGCAAUGCGCUACCUUACCAUCCGCCCCGCCCUGCUGCGGGAUUACCGCCGGCACCGCGUCGCCUCCGCUGACUACCCAGCCAUCAUCCCCGAAAAGGGCGGCACCGUGCGUGGCAGCGUCGUCAGCGGCUUAACAGAAGGCGACGUCUUCCGGCUGGACGUCUUCGAGGGGAGCCAGUACACGAAGGGGACUGUGGAGGUGGAAGUGCUGGAGGGUGUGGCGCUGGAUGAACUGGCGCCUGAGGCAGGGGUUGGGAAAGCGGCAGACACGACGCCCACCUCGACCAAGAAGCCUGAGAUGGUCACGGCGCAAACGUACAUCUGGACCGACGGGCCAACAUGGCUCGACCCGCGGGAGUGGGACUUUGAGGACUUCAAGAAACACAAGAUGCGCCGGUGGAUGGGCGGCGGGGACUCAGCCUGGACGGACGGCGACGAGGAGGAAGCACAGGACGAGAACGUGCAGGAAGACGAAGGCUUCGCGGAUGUGGACGAGGCGGUGCGAGAGUUGAAGGCCAAGGAGAAGAAGGAUCCGACGGGCGGGAGGGGCGUCAAUGGGGCGAUUGGGCGGCAGUUGGCGGAGGUGCAGCGAAACGGGUCCACGAAGUGA